AUGCGAUUGAUUUUCACCAUUGCAUUGGCUGUCUUAGCUCUGCAAGUCACAGCCCGUCGCAAGCCAGAUUGCUUACAAUGCCAUGCCAUCAUGGACGCUUUAAAAGAUGCAAUUGGCAGCAACUCUUUCCUCGACAGUGGCGCUGAUAUUCUUGUGGGACUUUGCUCUCUUUUUGAACACCAUGAAGUUUGCCAAGGACUUGUUGACAUUUACGGGCCUGGGUAUACAGACAACAUAUUGGCCAAAUUCCUUAACGCCGAUUACAUUUGCCCUAAAAUUGGCUCCUGCGCUCAUCCAGAAUAUUUACUAGAUAACCUGACUCAGUAUGAACAGCAAGUCCUCCAAGACAUGCCUCCAAUUCAGCCAUGGCCUCAGGUUGGAAAUGACACCUUUUUUGUGUUACAAGUGACUGACAUGCACAUUGACUUCUUCUAUCAGGUCGGCUCAGAAGUAGAUUGCAAUUAUCCUCUUUGCUGCAGAUCAGGCAACGGUACAGCUGGCUACUGGGGCUCCCGUGCUAGCUGUGAUUCGCCACCUCAAACUGCUAUAGCAUUUCUUCAACAAAUCAAAACCCUUCCUAUAAGCUUUGUGGUUUGGACUGGGGAUAACCCUCCACAUGAUGUAUGGGCUUAUGAAAGGGAAAAAGAAAUGAACGUCACCAAGAAAAUCACCCAAAUGUUCAAGGACUAUUUAGAAGUCCCAAUUUUCCCUAUUAUUGGAAAUCAUGAUUGCUUCCCGAUGGACUUUUUCCAGCCUGGCCAUGAACAAGUCUUGUUAGGAAAUUUGACAGAGCUUUGGGGAGAAUGGCUUGGUCCUGAGCAGAUCCAGCAGUUUUCAGUAAAUGGGUAUUACUCAGCCUUGGAGCCUACAACUGGAUUUAGGAUUAUUGGACUUAACAACCAGCUAGGAGACAAUAUGAACGGAUGGUUGAUUCCAAAUAACACUGACCCUGCAGGCAUGCUUGCCUGGCUAAGAGGUGAGCUUUAUCAAGCUGAAGCCAAUAACGAGCCUGUGAUUAUAUUGGGACAUCUUCCACACGGAGAUAAAUACGUAGAUUCCACCUGGUCAAGACACUUCAGAACUCUUGUGAAUAGAUUCCAGAACACAAUUAGAGGCCAAUUCUUUGGACAUACCCACCAGGAUGAGUUCUUUGUGAUCCAUUCCUUAAUCCCAGGUGCCGAUCCAGCUGGUGUUUACUUUGCAGCACCUUCAUUCGGGACUUAUUCCAAUCAAAACCCGUCAUUCAGACUCUAUGAGUACGAUGUAAAGACCCAUCAUCUUGUAAAUAUUCACCAAUACAGGCUCCCUCUUUAUUCAGCUAAUCAGAACACCGAAAGUGCCACAUUUGAAGAAGCCUUCAAUUUCAAAGAUGAAUAUGGUAUGGCUGAUAUGUCACCUAUAUCAUUUUCUAAAUUAGCUGAUCAAGUACUUAAUGAUGAAACUGUUGGCCAAACAUUUUAUGCUAACUGGCUGGCCCAGUAUCCAUUCGAAGCUAAAAAGUGCGAUAAAAAAUGCCAGAAAUACCUUUAUUGCAGACUGUCUAACGAUGUCUUCAAUGAUGUAUUCGCAUGUGAUGAAGAAGCUGGGUUUGGACUUUAUGUAUUUGGACUACUUUUAGAGUCUUUACAAGGACAAUGGGAAUACUUAAUAGAAUAA